AUGUAUUCAGUGUCUUUGAUGCUCGUUUCAUUUGUAAUUCUUUUUGAAAUCAGAGAGAUUUCCACGUUCCCCAUCAAUUAUGGAUCUUCAAUUAAUUCUGUUCAUUCGGACGAUUUGAGUGCCGAGAACGAUGCGGUCAUACGGAAAAAUGAGACUAUGCACGAGUGAGUUGAACAGAUUGACAUAUCUUAGCUGUUUGUAGAGAUAUUAAAAAGUUGUCAACUGAUAAAAUGUACACAAUAUCUUAAUGUACACUUUAUUAGUUUGCAACUUUUCGAUAUCUUUUCAGGCAGCUUAGAUAUAGGUGUCAAGAAUAAACUAGCUGAUUUUUCGUUCAGAAGAGUCCACCACCUUCAAGAAUACUUCAACGGCGUCAGCGAAUCGAAGAGCACUUGGAGGGACUCGUUGUGCAACGCAUUCCAUUCCCUUUUUUUGUACCCUCCAAACUGUUUUGCCGCCAAAGAUGACUGA